AAGCCUCUGGAAGUGCGGAGACGGGGUGUGGGCAUCCCUCGGCGACUCCAGUCUAGUCUCGGCGCGGGGUACCCUGGAGGCGGACCGAAGGCUGGCCGAGGACUCUGCCCACCGCUGGCGCGGGGAGGAGAGCGAGAACCGCCUGAGCCGGGUGUACCUUUCGCGCCCUGCGUUCCCAGCCUGGCCCUCAGCCCGCGGCCCUGAAAAAGGGGCGGGGUAUCGGAGUUGGCGGGGAGAUCCAGGUGAAGUAGGUUUCUCUGCAGAUCCAGUGCCGUUAAGCUCUGCGAACGCACACUUUUUAAAACAUGAAGAAAGUAAGGCUUAAGGAACUAGAGAGUCGCCUGCAACAAGUGGAUGGAUUCGAAAAGCCCAAGCUUCUUCUAGAACAGUAUCCAACCAGGCCGCACAUUGCAGCAUGUAUGCUCUAUACAAUUCAUAACACAUAUGAUGACAUUGAAAAUAAAGUGGUUGCAGAUCUAGGAUGUGGCUGUGGAGUACUUAGCAUCGGAACUGCAAUGCUGGGAGCAGGGUUGUGUGUUGGAUUUGACAUAGAUGAAGAUGCAUUGGAAAUAUUUAAUAGGAAUGUAGAAGAGUUUGAGUUAACAAAUGUUGACAUGGUUCAAUGUGAUGUGUGCUCAUUAUCUAACAGAAUGUCCAAGUCAUUUGAUACAGUAAUUAUGAAUCCUCCCUUUGGGACCAAAAAUAAUAAAGGGACAGAUAUGGCCUUUCUAAAGACUGCUUUGGAAAUGGCAAGAACAGCAGUAUAUUCUUUACACAAAUCCUCAACUAGAGAACAUAUUCAAAAGAAAGCUGCAGAAUGGAAAAUCAAGAUAGAUAUUAUUGCAGAGCUACGAUAUGACCUGCCGGCAUCAUACAAGUUUCAUAAAAGAAAAUCAGUAAGUCUCUUGAUUCUGGUUUAUCUACAUUCAGUACUGAGAAACUUCACAGUAAGUAAUUAUUUCUAAUGUUAUCAAGUUGCUUGAGUGAAUACAGAAAGCCAGCCUAGAAG